AUGGACUCAAUAGGCGGGCAAGGUGACCCAUGGACAUGGGCUGCCUAUGCCUACCGAUUCCUGGCUCCGACGGUGCAUGUUAGAGGGCGCAUGGCUCUGCUAGUCCUCGCCGUUGUGCUGUGGGCGUUUCUUUGGCUAUUAUGGCGCGCCUAUACCGUUAUCAGCACAGAUAAUGAUGUGCUCGUGGAGAAACUAGGCCUGGACAUCCCACCGGAGCCGAUCCUGACACUGGAAGAAAUAGCUGCGAGACAGAUUCAGAUCUCGUGGAAGCCUGAAGAGACGACAAGUUCGAUUCAUGAGUACCAUAUCGAACUUAAUGGGCGCACGAUAGGCGCGACAAAGAAGCAUGAAACUGCCGCGGUUAUAGCGAAUCUCAGUCCGACGACACUCUACGAGGUGCGCGUGUUCAGUAUUAGUCCUGGCCGGUUUCAGACCCCGAGCAGAACAUUACACAUACGGACUUGCAAAGCUGUUUCGGUAUCUUCACAAGAUGGCAACAAUGAAGGCAAUCCAACCAUUCGCGUGUUACCCUCACGACUUCCUUCCGCUCCUGUCGUUGCACCCGCUCCUCCUUCUACUCGAGAACCGAAUGCGCCUCAGAUAACUGGUCGACGCGGCACAACUGCGCGAAAAACGUCUCCAGCUAGGCAGGUCGACCUUCUCCCCGAUCCGAAGGACGUUGAAGAUGACCAAGGUGAAGACCUGGCCGAGCUAUCCCAACAGUUCUCCGAGAUAAACGCAGAAAUCGACGGUAUCGAGGCCCAGACGCAGGAAGAAGAGCGCGAGUUCGAGGCAGCUAAAAAAGAAAAGGAAGAGCAACGUCAAACAUACUUGCAAGAGGUCAAGGAGCGAGAUGAAGCUAGUAACGACUUGAAAAAGCAGGUCCAUCGCGCUGAAGCUGCUGCGAGAUCCUUACUGAACGAGAAGACGAAGAAGGAGAAGCAGCUGAAGGACAAGGAGAACAGGAAGCAGAAAAAGAUCAACGAGAUGGCUCAGUGGGAGGAGUCGGCCAAGAAUAUCGCAGAAGAGAUUGAGGGAACGAACAAGAUUAAGGAAGCCCAUCGUAGGAGGAUGGAGAGUGAGGUGCGUGAGGUCAAGGAGAAGAUUGCCGAGGAGCAGCGAGAGAUUCAGCAGUUGGAAGAGGAGAAUAAAGAAAAGGCUGCUCAGCUUAAGGAACUACAAGAGGAGCGGAAGCGGAAUUCUGCUGAUGAAGAGACUGAUGAGUCGAGAGAGGCCGAUCGACGCGACCAGGAACGGGAUGUCUUGUUUAGGCAUACCCUGGCCAGUCUUUCUCAGCAAUACAACCAGGUCUGGUCAGAGUUGCAAAAGAUGCAGCAGGAGCAUGUUCUGGCAAGACAACGACUGGCCAUGUUCGAUACUGCAAGAAGAGCUACUGCUGUCACUUUUGCGCCUAUGGUGCCUCUCGACAUCGAUGGUACCCGCCGAGUCGACAGGUUUGGUCGGCGUGGCCGUCACACUAGCUCCCAUGGAAGCAAUGUAUCCUCCCCAAGGGUGGCAUACGCUCCAGAACCAUAUGCUUCUGUCAACGAAGCUGUCACAACCUCCUCCCCAUUAGGUCACAGAAAUCCUCUCUUCAACAAUGUCAAUGGUAUGACGAUGGCUGUCGACGUGCCUCAGGGUAUGGAUGAGGACGACGAUGAUCCUCUACUUGCGAUCCCGAUGAGCCCUCGAGCUGAUGCUCUCCUUCCGACUGACUUGCUAGGCGAUGAUUCUGCCGACGAAAUGCUUCCAGAUGAGGACGACGACGUCAUGCCGACCAUGCCUACAACCAUGACAGAUCAAGCAGAGCCAUUUCCCACUUUCAGACCAGGAAGUAUGCAUGGUGUCGAACGCGAUCCAGCCAUACCUUCACCGUCUCCAGGCUCAAAUUCUUCUCCAAGAUCUUUCGCUAGUCCGCGUGAAGAAUUCUUCUCGGAGGGUGCUGAUCAAGACCGGAGGUCAAUCCGAUCAAGUCAUCCACCAAUACCUGAAGAAGCGGGCGUGCCUGCUGAGCCACCUCACAAACGUCUGACGAGCAUGUCAAACCUCUUCAGCUUCAGCAGACAACGAGGGAAGACAUCUUCUACUGAUCAGCCGCCAGCACUUGGUUCGUUGAAGCAUGAGAGCCACUCUUUUCCACGCAAGGUAGAAGAGUUCGAUUCAAGUAUGCAACCUAGACGCAGGCUGAGUUAUGGCGGAAACUGGGCUUUCCCCGGUGGCAAUUUCCUUGCCAAGGAUGCAGACGAAGUCGAGCCAAAGCCAUCUUUCACGCGCCGAGCGUUUCCAAAUCUGCUGCCUGGUAUUGGCAAACAUUCAGCUACCAGAAGUUACGAUCCUUUUGCACCAGCUAGAACAAAUUCGUUGGAUCCUAAUGGUAGAGGCGGAAGCUCGUCUCCACGACCUGGAUCGACCUAUUCCUUCGAUGUCCUACCACGUCCAUCUGUCGAGCAGGUAUCGUGGGAGUACAGACCAGGUGCUAGAAAUAGCCCGCUGGUGCCAGAUUGGGCUUCAUCCAUAUCCAGAAGUCACUCUCGACGUCCAUCAGUCGGCUUCGGCUCACAAACUAAUCUGUCGCUCAAACCUGACGAAGACGGUGAUUUCAUCGAGCCAAGAAGAGACAACAGACCUCUCCAAGCACCGAUCGGCACUCGGCCAGCAUCCUCGCAACGACCCUUGACACCCAAGCUGAAUCCUAACGCACCAACAUUCACCAUGUUCAGCUUUGGCAAAAACAGAGACAAAGUAAAGGAAAAGGACAGAAGCAAGCUAAAAGAAGACGGCAGUCAAGCCGCCUCCCCACCCGAGUCCAGAAAGAGCAAAGACACCCACUCAAUCGCCCUAACCACAUCAACAAUGGAAUCAAGAGAAUCCCUCGAACGCACUCCAUCCGGCUUCUCAAAUCUCUCCCCCUCCCUCGAAUCCACACCCGCCUCAAAACCCACCUUCAUCUCCAAAAUCACCCGAAAAGCCUCCUCCAACAAAUUCGACAGCUGGAAGACAAAAUCUACAUCCAUCUUCUCCUCCUCCCGCAACAAAGUUCCCGGCGAAGCAACGACACCAACUGGGGACGCCAACGACGAUGAACCAACCACCAGUGGCUCGACAGAACACCUCCACCUUGGCCGUUCCCUCGAAAGCACCUCAAGCACACCCGGCGCAACACCCAACCCCGCCGACGACAAAAAAGGCAGUCGUACCAGUCUCGGUAGCUGGAACUUUAUGCGUAAGAAGCCCAAGGCUUCAGCUGCUAUUAAUGGUAACAAGGAGGAUCUGACUGCGAGCGAGAUCAGUGAGAAUGGGGAACGGGAGGACGCGGUUUCGACGACGGAUUAUGAAGGGAGUUUGGUGAGUCAGAAUAUGAGCUUCAGUAGAGAUGGAGAGGCUGGUGUGGGUAGUAGUAGUGGUAGGCCGAUGACUUAG